CUUGAUCUGAGAACACCCAAAAACCAUUACUCAUGGAUUACUACUCCAAAAACAGUGUUUCAAACUUAGCAGUAGUGGCUGCUAUGUUCGCCGGAUUUCUAUAUCUCUGCAUCAGCUGGUCUCCCUCUGCUUCCAUACUUUUCUUUCCAACCCAGAACUGCCAAUGCCCAUCAACAAAACUGAGUGAAACAAUCAUGACUGGGCCAAAAGAUGAGCUUGAGAUGGUAUUGGAGAGAGCUUCAAUGGUGAACAAGACGGUUAUAAUUGUUAUGGUUAACAAAGCUUAUGCAGAUGGGGGAAGUCCAGGGAAAACGAUGCUUGAUCUAUUCUUGGAGGGUUUCUGGGUAGGAGAUGAAACCAGAGGUUUGGUGGAUCAUAUCUUGCUUGUGGCCAUGGAUCAAAUAGCCUUUGACAGGUGCAAAUUUAUGAAACUUCACUGCUAUAAAUUGGAGACAGAAGGUGUGGAUUUUGGAGGUGAGAAGUUUUAUAUGUCUCGGGAAUUUAUAAAGAUGAUGUGGAGGAGAACUCUGUUUCUUGGUGAUGUUCUCAAGCGUGGAUACAGUUUCAUCUUCACUGAUAUGGAUGUAAUGUGGCUGAGGAACCCAUUUGUAAGGUUAAGCGGAAACCAAACUGAUGAUCUCCAAAUAAGUUGCGACGAGUUCAAUGGCUAUCCAGAAUCCAAAGACAAUCUCAUCAACACAGGCUUUUAUUUUGUUAGAUCAAACAACAAGACCAUUGCUCUAUUUGAUUCAUGGUAUGACAUGAAAGAUAGUUCUCCAGGGAUGAAAGAACAAGAUGUUCUAAUCAAGAUGAUGCAUCUGGGUAUGUUUGAACAAUUAGGGUUGAGAGUGAGGUUCUUGGAUACUCUCUAUUUUAGUGGAUUUUGCAGAGAUAGUAGAGAUUUUAAUGCAGUCACAACAGUUCAUGCGAAUUGUUGUCGAAGUAUGAAAGCUAAGGUGGUUGAUCUUAUGGCUGUUCUUCGAGAUUGGACCAAAUAUAAGAGAGUGACCAUGAAAUAUAAGCGUUUAGCUGGUAACUCAACAUUCUUUAAAUGGUCACCUCAUAGUGCUUGUUUCAAGUCAUGGAUAGGGUUCAAUUUUAGUGCACCUGUACCAUAGAUUUUAUUUAUUGUAUGCAUGAUUCUACUACUUCUA